AUGGGCUGCCAAGCAUCAGACGAGAGAAAACCUAAUAAGAAAAACAGGUCUAGAAGACCAGAAGGCCACUGAGAUAUACAGGUCUUACAGUUUGACGAUAAGGUGGACAUUACAGAUAUAGAACUCCCAGGAAUGGGAGGUAAUAGAGAAGGGAUUGCCUGAAGAACGAAACAAGGCAAGACUUUUCUUCCUGGCCAGCAGAAUAGUUACAAGGUACUGAAGGAAUAUGGCAUUACCAAAGUAUUCCUGAAGAGAGAGAAAGCCGAGGAGAUGGCAGGAGAGAUUCAAGUCUUGAUAGAUGAGAAAGAAGCUGAGAAAUAAAGAAAUUGAGCAUGAAAUUGAAGCUGGAAAUUCUUUUGAUCCAAAGAAAGGGGUUGUAGUUCGAGAUAUCCAGAACAUUAUAUCUGACUUUCAGAGAGUUCUUGGAUGUAUUCAGGACGGAAAUAAUAACCAUAGUAACGAAGAAAAUGACUCUUUUGAUAAUGAUAAUUUUGAAGAUGAGAGAAGAGAAGGGGAUGAUUGGGAAAACACUCCUAUUCCAAUCCAAAAAUAUAGAAUAGAAGGCUACAUUCGGAAGCAUAAUAAAGAUAUGGCUGAUGCUUACAACGAAGAUGGCAGACUGAGACUAAUUUUAAACAACUCUAAGCAUAUCAAAAUCAUUGAGGAGCUUCUUGAUAAUCUUGAUGGGUAUAUUCUUCCAGACUGAAGCACCUUAGGAAUUGAGUUAGUAGGUUAUAAUUCCGACAAGGCAUAUGAGCUACUAAGCAAUCAUUUCCCUAAAUAAAGUAAAACACUUCUGGUUCAAAAAUCUUGAACCAGAAGAGGAUAUCACAAGAUAUUGGAGCAUACUGGAGUCAAUUAAUUCUCAAGGAAUAUAUCAGCUUGUGUUAUCUAAGUUUCACGUACCAACAGAUAUUCUUGGGAAAAUUUUUGGUUGCUUCUCUCAAGUUAAAUUUUUAACCUUUUGGUAUUGAACACUCGAAGGGCAAGAAGUUGAAAUAAGCAACCAAAUAGAGUUCAAAAUAGAGCAUAUUAUCUUUAAAAAUUGAGGGGAACCCGCAAAGAGCGAUUGGAACAACCACCCUCAACACUUGUGGGGUAUUAUCGAAGCUAUUGGAAAAUCUAACCUUAAGAACUCUCUUAAAUCAUGCAGAUUUAAAAACGAUCCAGAAGUAGAAAUUACCCUGAACAAUAUCCAAGAAAUUUUUGAAUCCAAUGGAAUGGCUGACGUCAAAGUAUACGAAGCUAUAUAUGGAAAUGAGGACUAGGU